AUGAGCUUCAGCAAUGGAACCAUAAAUUGCGACAUCAUGCCAACAAUCUCCGAAGAUGGGGUGGACAACGGUGGUCCGUUGGAUGAGGCCACCGAUAGAGAUAACAUUGAACAGUUGAUGAUGAACAUGUUGGAAGAUCGAGAUAAGUUACAGGAUCAACUGGAUGCUUAUAAAGUUCAGCUGGAAAAUGCAAUUCUCAGAACAAAGGAAGUGGAAAAAGAACGAGAUAUCAUGAAGCGACAGUUCGAAGUGCAUACGCAAAAUUUACCGCAGGAAAUGCAAUCAUUGACGCGAGAAUUAUGCCAACACAAGGAGCAGCUACUGGAAAAAGAUGAAGAGAUCGUUGAACUGAAAGCAGAACGGAACAACACACGUCUUCUACUCGAGCAUCUGGAAUGUCUUGUUUCCCGUCAUGAAAGAUCACUCAGGAUGACGGUCAUGAAAAGGCAGGCCCAAAAUCAUGCUGGAGUGUCGUCAGAAGUUGAAGUUCUGAAAGCGUUAAAAAGCCUGUUUGAGCACCAUAAAGCGUUGGAUGAGAAGGUUCGUGAACGUCUUCGUGUUGCAAUGGAGCGUGUGGCGACACUUGAAGACGAGCUGACCACAAAAGGAGAAGAAAAUGCAUCAUUGAAAGCGCGUUGUGCCACUUACGCUGCAGAAGCAGAAGAAGCAAUGGCUUCCAACGCACGCACAAAUGGUUCAAUUAGCAGUGAGAGUGCAAAUCGGCUCAUUGAAAUGCAAGAAGCAUUGGAAAGGAUGAAGACGGAACUGGCAAAUUCUCUGAAACAAUCGAAUGAGGUCACCACAAGAAACGCCGAACUUGAGGAUCAAUUAACUGAAGAUACCCGUGAGAAACAUGCCGCACAAGAGUCAAUAGUUCGUUUGAAGAAUCAAAUUUGCGAGCUUGACGCACAACGGACCGAUCAAGAGACACGGAUAACAACGCUUGAGUCGCGUUUCCUGACUGCACAAAGGGAGUCAACUUGUAUCCGGGAUCUCAAUGACAAAUUGGAGCAUCAGUUGGCCAAUAAGGAUGCGGCUGUCAGGUUGAAUGAAGAGAAGGUGCAUUCCCUUCAAGAAAGAUUGGAAUUGGCAGAGAAGCAACUUGCGCAAAGUCUCAAAAAAGCAGAGUCACUUCCGUCAGUUGAAGCAGAAUUGCAACAAAGGAUGGAGGCACUCACUGCUGCUGAACAGAAGAGUGUGUCCGCUGAAGAGCGUAUUCAACGGCUCGAUAGAAACAUUCAAGAGUUGCAAGCUGAAUUAGAGAGAGCUGUGCAAAGGGAACGGAUGAAUGAAGAACAUAGUCAACGAUUGAGUAGUACUGUCGACAAACUCCUCUCGGAAUCGAACGAUCGGUUACAGCUUCAUCUCAAAGAACGUAUGCAAGCACUGGAUGACAAGAAUCGGUUAACCCAGCAGCUUGACGGCACGAAGAAGAUCUACGAUCAAGCAGAACGUAUUAAAGACCGACUACAGAGAGAUAAUGAGUCACUUCGGCAGGAAAUCGAGGCCUUGAGGCAACAGCUGUAUAAUGCCAGAACAGCUCAAUUCCAAUCCAGGAUGCAUGCCAUUCCAUUUACCCAUGCCCAAAAUAUUGUGCAAGCUCAACCACCAACUUCCAUAGCGCAACAAUCUGCUUAUUCAGUUUACAAACAACCAAAUCAACAAUAUCAGACUGUUGGCAUGAGAAGGACAAACAAAGGUCGGAUAGCUGCACUUCAGGAAGACCCGAAUAAAGUCCAAACACUCAAUGAGCAAGAAUGGGACCGAUUACAGCAAGCUCAUGUUCUGGCGAAUGUUCAACAAGCUUUUUCUUCAUCACCAUCGCUUGUUGAUGUCGGUCAAUCUACAUUGCCACGUCCAAAUACUGCUGUGCAGCAUCAACAAGAUGAUAUGAUUGCUAGUGGGAUGGGAAUGCAAAGUGGAAUGCAACCAGGAAUGCAAGGCAGUAUGCAAGGUGGAAUGCAAGGAGGAAUGGGCGGUGGGCAGGAUGCUCAUAUGUUGGCAUCGAUGCUACAAGACCGACUGGAUGCUAUCAAUACUGAAAUUAGGCUGAUUCAACAAGAGAAACAUCAUGCAGAGCGAGUAGCAGAACAGUUAGAACGCUCAAGUCGAGAAUUCUAUGAUGACCAAGGAAUAUCCACAAGAAGUUCUCCAAGAGCAAGUCCCCAAUUAGACGCCAUGCGACAGCACAAGUACAACACGCUGCCAGCAAAUGUGUCUGGUGACCGACGUUAUGACAUUUAUGGUAAUCCUCAAUUUGCUGAUGACCGUAUGGUUCGAGAUUUGGACUACGAGCCGCGUCGAGGAUACAACCAAUUCGACGACAUGCAAUAUGAAAGAGAUCGAAUGAGUCCUGCAUCGUCAGUCGCUUCCUCGACAGAUGGUCUUGGUGGAAAGAAAAAGAGAUCGAAUAGCUCAAGUGGAUUGAAGACGCUUGGCAGGUUUUUCAAUAAGAAGAAGAAUUCAUCCAGUGAUUUAUUCAAGAGAAAUGGCGAGUAUUCCGAUGGAGAACAAUCGGGGACCGAAGGAAACCAGAAAGCUGACUAUGACAGGAGGAAAAAGAAGAAGCACGAAUUAUUGGAGGAAGCAAUGAAAGCACGAACUCCGUUUGCUUUGUGGAAUGGACCAACUGUAGUUGCUUGGCUCGAACUGUGGGUUGGUAUGCCCGCGUGGUAUGUGGCGGCGUGCAGAGCAAAUGUCAAGUCAGGAGCAAUCAUGUCAGCUUUGAGUGAUCAGGAAAUCCAGAAAGAAAUUGGAAUCUCAAAUCCCCUCCACAGGCUGAAAUUAAGACUAGCAAUUCAGGAAAUGGUAUCUCUAACAUCUCCAUCUGCGCCUCGCACUGCCCGUCUGACACUUGCAUUUGGAGAUAUGAACCACGAAUACAUCGGUAACGAUUGGCUGCCUAGUCUCGGUCUUGCGCAAUACCGAUCGGCGUUUAUGGAAUGUCUUCUGGAUGCGCGUAUGUUAGAACAUCUCUCAAAACGUGACCUGCGUACACAUCUCCGUAUGGUUGAUACAUUCCAUCGCACAAGUCUCCAAUACGGAAUAAUGUGUCUGAAGAAAGUCAAUUACGAUAAGAAAGUGUUGGCGGAGAGAAGAAAGGCGUGCGACAAUAUCAACACAGAUUUGCUCGUAUGGUCAAAUGAACGAGUUCAGCGAUGGGUGGAGGAAAUAGGAUUGGGCGCCUUUUCAAGAAACUUGAUGGAUAGUGGAAUUCAUGGUGCUUUGAUUGCACUGGAUGAGACUUUUGAUUCUUCAGCAUUUGCCUACGCACUGCAAAUGGGAUCUCAAGAUAUAGCCAAUAGACAGAUCCUUGAUAAAAAGUUCCAAGCGCUCGUCAAUGAUCACCGUCAACAAAUGGAUCCCCAUCCGGUAAUGCCAUAA